GAGUAAACUUGCAUGCAAAUGCAAACACUUGCAUACCAACACAACCCAACCCAACCUAGAUUCCCCUCACUCCCAUGAGCGUCCAUGGCACAAAAACAAUGCCUUCUCCCCACCCACCCCCACCUCCGCGCCCUUCCUCACUCGCCAAUGGCGGCCAAGAACGGCCGCCGCCGCCGCCACCUCCACCUCCUCUCCACCAUUCUUGCUCUCACUGUCUCCUCGCUCUCGCUCGCGGACGCGGCUCCGCCGGCGGCGACUCGUAGGAGCCAAGAACCGCGAGAGGCGGUGCGGGCUGGGUACUACCUCGCCGCCGACGCGCACCUCCGGCCGCUCGCCGCGCUCGACGCGUCGCUGUACACGCACCUGUACUAUUACGCGGUGGGCGUCCACCCGGCGAGCCGCGCGCUGCUGCUGCCGGCGGACCCGGCCGGGGCGAGCCUCCUGGGGAACUUCUCCAGGGCGGUCAAGGCGAGGAACGGCGCCGUCAGGACCGUGCUCUCCGUCGGCGCUGCCGCCGGCGGUGCGGUGGCGGGGUCCGGGUCGUCCGACCCCGCGUUCGCCGCCAUGGCCGCCGACCCGGCGUCCCGCGCGGCCUUCAUUGGCGCCGCCAUCGCGGCCGCCAGGGAGAACGGGUUCGACGGGCUCGACGUCGCGUGGCGGUUCCCGGCGUCGGCGGUGGAGAUGGCCGAGUUCGGGUUCCUCGUCACCGAGUGGCGCGCCGCGGCCCCCGCCGGGUUCCUUCUCACGGCCACGGUGUACUUCUCCAACCAUGUGUUCGACGCGCCGUUCGCCGGCGUGGACUACCCGUCCGAGGCCGUGGCGAGGAGCCUCGACUGGGUGAACGUCAUGGCGUUCGGGCUCCGGCCGGCCACCGCCAACGCCACGGCGUUCGACGCGCCGCUCUACGACAGGGAGUCGCACUACUCGGCGAGCUACGGCGUCGUGUCGUGGCUCGACGCCGGCGUGCCGGCGAGCAAGGUGGUGAUGGGGAUCCCGCUCUACGGCCGCUCCUGGUUCCUCCGCAACAAGGCCAACAACGGCGUCGGCGCGCCGGUCGUGGCCGCGGGGCCGAAGCAGCGAGGCAGCAACGCCACGGGCGCCAUGUCCUACGCCGAGGUCCAGUGGCUCGCCGCGACGGUGACGCGCGGGGCGCGCGCGGUGAUCACGGCCUACGACAACGCCUCCGUCGCGUCGUACGUGUCCGUCGGUGACGUCUGGGUCGCCUUCGACGGCGUCGCCGUCGUCGCCGAGAAGCUCGCCUUCGCCGCGCGCUGCGGCCUCCGCGGCUACUUCCUCUGGCCGGUCAACUACGACGACGCCAACCUCACCGUUUCCAGGCGAGCAUCACAAGUCUGGACUCAGAGCAAAUUAGCCUCCUCUGAAUUCAAGAACGUCACCGGCGGUGCCCGGCAGACGCAGGCGCCGGUGCAGCUGCCGCCGGCGCUCCAGUCGCCUGCGCCGACCGCGCCGACGUCGCCAUCGGCGACCUCACGGCUAUCCUGGACAACGCUGGUUCUGCUUGUGCAUAUCCACCUGGGUGCUCUGAUUCUCUUCAGCUACCAAGUCUAGAAAAAAAAAUAUCACAAAAUUCUUUGGUAUUGAUGAAGAUGGCCGGCCGUGCUCGAAUCCAGAUUAGCCAUUCGUUGUAUUUGUAAUUUCGUUUCAAUUUGUACCAUAGCAGCAGGUUCCAAUAGGAGUUCACAUCGACAAAAUGGUUAUCCCACCGUAUUUUUUUAUA